GAGGUGACUCAAAACUCGACACUGAAUUCCUCUGGUUUCACCUGGAUCAGUUCUGAUGGAUUGAAAGAGCAGAUUUCAACUCGUCUGACUUUCCCGAGAGAUUUUUAAACGCACCACAAGUCGACAUACUGCAGCAGGAGGAGGACGCUGCGUUCACUGACCGGGAAUAUAACAGCUCCAGCAGGUGUUUCACCCUGAUGCCAACAGGAUGUCCUGCUCCUCCUUCUGCUGCUGCUGUGUGACUCCCAGCAGGCAGGGGAACCGGAAGGGGGCGCGACUGGUCCGAGAGGAGGUGGAGGGAGGAGGAGGAAGAGGAGGAGGGAGAAGUGAAGAGGAAGAUGAGGAGCAGAGCAGGGGGAAGAUGGACGUGUCUCGGCUCAGAGCUCAGUACCGCAGCACCAGGGAGCGACAGCGGAGACUCACUCAGGUGCUUCUGUUCAGGACAGUGUCGGAGCAGCUGUCGGAGGCCGUCAGCAUCGUCCCCGUCACACACGGUUUCACCUCGUCGCCGCCGGUUACAGCCCUCGCUCCCGACCCCACGACCUACGACCCCUGGCACGUCCACCUGGGCCUGCACCGGCGCUCCUGCCACGGGGUCACCGUCCAGCUCCCGGCCUCCUCCCUGGAAACGACCAACACAGACGUCAACGGUUCCUCCAGACGCUCGUCCUCGUCAAAUUCACUCUGCAGCUCGUUCAACACCAGAGAAGAAGAAGCUGAAGACGAAGACAGUCCAGUCCAGGUUUCUGUCUCCAGAUCCCUCGAAGCCUCAACAGAACAGAAUCCGGGUGAUGGAUCCAGAGAAAACCCUCCUGACAAUCUGGGUUCUCUGAGCAGCUCUGGUGAAAGUCCAGUCCCCGUCACCUCGUUCACCGGCUCCCCCUGCAGCUCCAACGCAGACCUACACCCACACCUGGAGAAGAACCUGUCUGCAGGUGUGCAGGUCGAUGACGGCGUCCUCCAGACCCGCGGCCCUGCGGCGUGGAGGGACGUCAGGAAGUCGUCUGCCCCGGCGGCGCUGCGGUUCACCAGGCAGCUGAGUGUGGGCGGCGUGGGCCCGUCCUCCUGGGUCCACCUGAACCAGGACCACUACCCGUUCCCCAACAGGAGGACGCCGAGAAUCUCUGACGCCGCCCGGCGACUGGGCAUGUACUCGUCCUUCUGAGAGACUCACACGACUUUAAAAAUAAAUAACAUCUUUCAAACUCUUCAA